UACCUUUUUCUAUUUCUCAAACACUACUUGUUUAAAAACUUCGUCUUUCAUCUACUUUCAUUUCAACAAUUUGAUAAGACGAAAACACACUUGUCCACUAUUUUUGAAGGAACAAUUUUUUUUGGACGAUAAAUCCUUUCAGACGGAAAACAUGCUUACUCAACUUGUUUGUUGAAGCAGGCGAUCAGUUUUAUUGAAUGCAAAAAGCUUUCAAGUCAGAUGAGCCUGCACAAGUUUUAAACAAUGCUUGAAUAUUCUUUGUAUUAAAAGAAAAAAUAGUAUCUUUUGCAAAAUGAUUUUGAAAAAUCUUCCUUCGAACACACACACACAUUCAACCCCCCCUUCUGUGUGUAUUUUCGCUAACUUCAGUUGGUAUCAGAGCUUGACCCCUUGGGUUGAGCAUCUAACACUACAGGAGAAACGAUCAUGGAAAACGAAGGACAGGCCAUAAAUCGUCCACCUCUCUUCAGAGGAACAAAAUACGACUACUGGAAACAAAAAAUGAUUGCAUUCUUUGAUGCAUGUCAUAUAGACAUGUGGGACGUUGUGGAAAAAGGAAACUACAUCCCUUGAAAUGAAGCCAGUGAUGAGAUACCCAAGGCACAAUGAAAUGAAGAGCAGAAGCAAAGAUUCGUGCUAAACUAAAAAGCACGCAAUGCGCUCAUGUGUGCCCUGUCUGAGGAGGAAUACACUAAAGUUCACAGCUUCAGAAGUGCAAAACAGAUGUGGGAUACAAUAGCCCUGACCUACGAGGGAUCCCUAGAGGUAAAACGCAAGAUGCUAAGCUUGUUGGCGUGUAAGUAUGAACUCUUCGAAAUGGAAAAAAUUGAAUCUAUCCAAACCAUGUUUGGAAGAUUUCAAACAAUUGUAAAUGAACUAUCAUUUUUAGGAAGAACUUACGAUAAUUUUGAUCAUAUUGACAAAUUACUUCAAAGUUUACCCAGGAAGUGGAGACCACAGGUCACAGCCUUGAGAGCGUCCAAAAACUUAGAAAAGCUCUCACUGGAGGAACUCACUAGACUACUUAAAGUCCAUGAGUUGGAGCUACAACAAGACGAUGUUGGGAGAAAACAGAAAUCCAUUGCACUGAAUGUACAAAAGACAAAGUCCACUCCAACAUCCUCAAGAGUCCUAAAGGCAGAAGAGACAUCUAAUGAAAGUUGUAGUGAAGGUACUUGCGAUACAGACGAUGAGAUAUCCUUCUUAUCAAGGAAUAUCCUCUCAAUGAUGAAAAAGAAGGGAGGAAUACGAUGGAGAAAAUACAGCAGAACUCCCAAAGAGAAAGCACAACCACUGUGCUUUGAGUGCAAGAAACCUAGACACUACAAAAUAGAAUGUCCAGAACUAGAAAAAGAAAAAGAAAAAGAGAAAAAGAAGUCGAUCUCCUAUAAGAAAAAGAAGGCAAUGAUGGCCACCUGGGAGGACCAUGAUACCACGUCACCUAAGGAUGAUGUAGAAGCAAACAUCUGUCUUAUGGCAGACACAGACUCAUCAUCAGAAUCUGAUGAUGAAGAGGUUUUGAAAUCUGGAGGAAAAUGGCUCAGCCAUUCAAAAGGGCUGAGCGGAUUCAAGCCAGAGAGCCUUCCAAAAGUGCACCAAACUGGAGGCGCUCAGCCACUCCAAGGCACUGAGCGAUUUUGGCCCUAGAAGAAGGAGUGCUCUCUGCCUCCUAGGCGCUUAGCGGAUCUGAGGCGCCCAGCCCCUUGUGCUUGCUUAAUAGUGAAGAAUCUCUAAGGCGCUCAGCGGGUCUCAGGGGCUCAGCCCUUCAGGUUACUUCAUGGUGAAGAAUUCUUCAAACCACUCAGCCGUUUUAAGGCGCUGAGCGGAUUCUUCUCUUUCCUGCUUACUCUGUUUUAAUUCCAUCACUUAUAAAAGGGCAGAAGAGAGAGAAAGUGGUAUCAUCUGGCUGUACGAAAAGGAGAACAGAGAGAAGAGAGAAAAUAGAGCACUUUGGAGCUCGUGGGGACGCAAUUCUUCAGAGGAUCUCUUUCUUCUACCUUUCAUCUUGUUUUGUGAUUUCUUGUACCAUGGAGAGCCAAACUCUAGGGUUGGGAUUGAUGUAAUCGUCGAACUCCUUUGUAUUCCUCUUUGAUUCAUAUAUAUAUCUCAUCUAUUACUCUA